UCAGGUUAUUAAAGCUUUAUCUCGCUUAUGUAGGUCAGGUUUUAUUUUUUUGAAAAAAAAGCAAUAUGUUGUGGAGUUUAGUAUCAAUAGUUUUAAGUUUACUUGCACUUAAACUUUUUAUGAGUGUUUUAAAUAAAAUCAAAAUCAGCAAUUAUAAGGGCCGGUAUGUACUCGUAACAGGUUGCGAUUCAGGGUUUGGUUAUUUAUUAACCAAAAGACUGGACUUGUUAGGUUUCAAUGUGUUUGCUGGAUGUCUAACCAAGGCCGGAGUUGAGAAUCUAAGAAGCGUGUGUUCAGAAAAAGUAACCGCUGUUCAACUAGAUGUAUCGAACGAUGACAAUAUAAAUGCAGUAGCAGGCCUCGUCAAAAAGAAGCUUAAGUCAGACCAAGGCUUGUGGGCAGUCGUAAAUAACGCUGGGAUUCUGGACAGUAUUGGCCCAACAUCAUGGCAAACACGAGAAGACUAUGAAAAAACAAUGUCAGUAAAUCUUUACGGUGUCAUCAUGGUAACCAAGACUUUUAUGCCGCUGGUUCAAAAAGGAAAAGGCAGAAUCAUUAACACAUCCAGCGUCAUGGGAAGAAUUGCCUUUGCCAACGCAUCCUACUGUAUUUCUAAAUAUGGCGUGGAGGCUUUCUCAGAUGUCCUUAGACGAGAGAUGUAUGGAUCAGAUGUAAGCGUACACAUUAUAGAACCGGGAUUUUAUAGAACAGCUAUAUUGGACAGAGAAUUAUUUGAACGAAAAGUGGAAACCAAGAUAACAAAUUUACCGAAGGACAUCAAAGAGACACUACCUGUCAAUUUAGUUAAACUAAUGGGCGAUGGAUUUGAAAGAUUAGUAAAGAGAGUGGCAUCUUCAAAUUUGCAAGAGGUUGUAGAUGCAUACAUAAAUGCAAUAACAUCAAGAUUUCCAAGGAAAAGGUACAUUAUUUUUUAA